UAAUAAUCCGAUUCCCUUUCUUAUUUAUGGAAAAUUCCGAGAAAUUUUUUCUACCCAUCUUCAACAUCUGUCCCACUCGCAUUCUCACUUUUCUGAGUUUUUUCUCUGAAACCAAACAAAAAAAAAAAAAAACCUGCUACUUUAAUCUUUUCUGUUGCAGUAGUUGAGUUCUUGCUUGUCUAAAGCUUUGAGGGCGUUCUUUUUCCAUUUUUCUGAAGUGGGUCUCUUGGGAUCGCUGUCAAUGCCCUUUGUUUGUUGAAUUUCAGAGUUUGGAGGGUUUUUCUUUGUGGGUUUAAGACCUAGGGUUGCGUUUGGUUGUGACGAUUAAAGCUUAAAGGAUGAGGAGGAGGAGGAGGAGUAAGAUAAAGAAAGAAGAGAUUGCAGAAGACUACUGCUUUGUCUGCAAAGAUGGAGGUCUGCUUAUGGUCUGCGACUACAAGGAUUGUUUAAAAGCAUAUCAUCCUCAGUGUGUGGGAAAAGAGGACUCAUUUUUGGAGAGUGACGAAAGCUGGAGUUGCAGUUGGCAUUCUUGCUUCAAUUGUCAAAAAGCCUCAAAAUUUCAGUGCUAUGUUUGUCCAAAAGCUGUGUGUGGAUCCUGCCUCAGUGUUUCUGAGUUUGCACAAGUAAGAGGGAAGAAAGGAUUCUGUAGUCACUGUUUAAAGCUCGCAUUACUUAUUGAAGAUGAGAUGGAUGUUGACUCUGAUGGGGGCAAGGUAGAUUUUAAAGACCGAGAGACAUAUGAAUUCCUAUUUAUGGAGUAUUAUGAGAUAAUAAAGGAUAAGGAAGGCAUAACUGCAGAAAAUGUCCAUUCUGCAGAUGCCCUAUUAAAGAAAGGUAAGAAUUAUGGAAGCAGCUCUGAUUCGGAUGAGCUUUAUAAAGGUCAUGAAGAAGAUCAGCUAGAACUAUCUGAUUGUGAUGAUAUGGAUGAUACCGAGGGACACAAGCGGGUGGUUAGAAGGAAGAGCUCAGUGAAAGGUAAGGCCACACCAUUGAAGAGAGAGUUUAUUGGGUGGGGAUCAAAAGUUCUUAUCGAGUUCCUUGCAUCCAUCGGUCAAGACACAACCCAAAAAUUAUCACAGUAUGAUGUGACAUCCAUCAUUAGUAGGUAUGUUAAUGACAACAAUCUUCUUCAUCCGCAAAAGAAGAGGAAGGUUCUUUGUGAUGAAAGGUUGCGACCUGUUUUGGGGAGGAAAUCAGUCAAUAAAAAUAAAAUAUAUGACAUUGUGGAAGGGCAUUUGGCUGAGAACUUGGAGCAGUCAGAGGAUGAUGAGGCUAGAUACAGUUCAGAAGACAAGGAUGAGACUGUCUUGAUGGCCUGUAAAAGACAAAGAAAAUCUAACUUAGAGACACCUCAGAUAAAGGAACUUACUCCACUGAUACCUCAGAGCCGUUUUGCAGCUAUAGUUCCUAAAAAUAUUAAACUUAUCUACUUGAAGAAGUUAAUGCUGGAGUUAUUGAAGCAACCAGACACUUUUGAAAGCAAUGAAGGUAGCUUUGUGAAAGUGAAGGCAGACUCAUAUUGGUAUUCUCAAAAUCAGACUCAUCAGCUCUUCCAAGUAACAGGCAUAAAGAAAACCUCAGAAACUCAAGAAAUCAAUGCAGAAAUUCUCCUGCAGGUCCCCAAUGCAAAAGAUAUCCGUAUUAAUAUGCUGGCCGAACUUGAUUUGACUGAGGGAGAAUGUGAAGAUUAUCGACAGAAAGUGAAAGAGGGCUUGUAUAAAAGACUUACUAUUGUGGAGCUUGAAGAGAAGGCCAGAAGUCUGCAUGAAGAUAUAACCAAGCAUUGGAUUGAAAAAGAGAUUUCUCUAUUACAAAACCUAAUUGAUCGAGCCAAUGAGAAGGGAUGGAGGAGAGAGCUGUUUGAGUACUUAGAUAGAAAGCAGCUGUUAAUGUCAUCAACAGAACAGUCCCGACUCUUAAAUGAGGUUCCAAAAGCAAUUCCAGAUAUAGAAGAGCUUGAACCUGCUUCUGGGGAUUCUUCUGCAGAUGAUAAACAAGUAGAUAAUGGCUCACCCAGAACGAUCCUCAUUGAGACUACUAAAACACCCAGUGAUAAAUUGAAAGGAAAAGGUACUUCGAUGAGUGUUACAGAUGUUGCAGGAUAUGGAGAUAUAAGCAAUAAAAGUUCUGCUUCUGGGAUUAUUGGAUCUGGUUCAGGCAGUGAUGAGGAUGGGAACAAAGAAGCCACUGAUGGAAAUGCUUCUCAAAAAGAUAACGAAGGAGAUGGAAAUAACAAGGAACAUUCUGCUGAUGAGAUUGUUGGAUCUGAUUCAGCCAGUGAUAUAAAUGGGAAAGGAAAGACGACAAUUGGGAAUACUGAUACAAAAGUUGAUGAAGAAAAGCAGCAAUUGUCUGAAGCAUCUGAAGCAGCUGGGUCAGAAGAGCUGUUUCAGCAAUGUCAGCAAUCUCAAAUUAUUACUCCUGUGGGUCGAUCAGACCUCAUUCUUCAAAAAAUGUCAAGGCAGAUGACUUCAUGUUUUGCUGGUGAAAAACAAAUGGCACCAGUAGCCAAGUUCAUUGAAUUGAGUGAUGAUGAUGAUGAUGAUGAUGAAGAUGAUAAUGAUGGAAGAAAGACCCCUGAGGCUGCGAAGCAGAAGCAGACACAGAAUGCCCCUGAAUGUGAAGCAUGGCACUGUGUGGGUCCUCUGGGUGAAAGAAAGGGCCCAUUCUCAUUGCCAUUGCUGAAACGCUGGAGCGACUCCAGUCCUUAUGCCUCAAAGUACAAGGUCUGGAAGACAGGCCAGUGUGAAGACAAAGCAAUCCUUUUGGGCGAUGCCAUUCGCCAGCUUUUCCCUGAGAACCCAAAGAAAAACUGAGGGUCCAUGCCAGUGUCUGCCAAAUGUAAAUGCUAUAGGCUCGAAACUGAAGGUUUGGAUGAUGGGUCAGAACCAAGUAAUCGUUUCAUUUUUUACUAUAUGCACCAGAACAAUCCUUAUGAAUAAUUUACCUUUUUGAAGUUAUGCACCAGAACUUCCUCAUGGAAGAAGCCAUGGAUUUCUGUCUUCUUAGCCAAUAAAUCGUGGGAAACUUUAUCAGAAAUUGAGUUGACUCUGAUUGUGAAACAUUCUGCAGUCAUCCUUUUCUCUGAGCAUAGCUUGUUAUUCUUCCUUAUCUACAAGUACUCAUGCAAUUGCCUUUUGGUCUAA